CGUCAACAAAAAACCCUAAGUCACUCUUUGGUGAUCUCAUAAAAUUAAUAAAAAAAAUAUACUUUUCUGAUUUUAUGUGUGACGGUUUUGUAAUUUUUGUUGGUCUUUGUGGUUUCUUAAUUAUUAAUUAAUUAAAGUAAUUUAUUAUUUGUGUGAAUGUUCUUAAUUACUUCACUUUUGGUGCGUUGUGUUCAUUUCUUAUUAUGCUUUGACAGUGGGUGAAGAAUCCUAGAAGAAACUUUUCAAAUACUCAACAAGUCUGCCACCCAGGAGAAAAUUCUUUGUACAUAACACAAAAAUGACUGAAUAUAAACUAGUGGUAGUAGGCGCUGGUGGUGUAGGAAAAUCUGCCUUAACCAUACAGUUGAUCCAAAAUCACUUUGUAGAUGAAUAUGACCCCACCAUAGAAGACUCUUAUAGAAAGCAAGUGGUGAUAGAUGGUGAUACCUGUCUGUUGGAUAUUUUGGACACAGCUGGCCAAGAAGAGUAUAGUGCAAUGAGAGACCAGUAUAUGAGGACUGGAGAAGGAUUUUUAUUAGUUUUUGCAGUUAAUUCUGCAAAGAGUUUUGAAGAUAUAGGAACAUACAGGGAGCAAAUUAAGCGAGUUAAAGAUGCAGAAGAAGUUCCUAUGGUUCUAGUUGGAAACAAAUGUGACUUAUCUGCAUGGGCAGUAGAUAUGAAUCAAGCCAGAGAGAUUGCCAAACAAUAUGGCAUCCCAUUUGUGGAAACGUCAGCCAAAACUAGGAUGGGUGUGGACGACGCCUUCUACACGUUAGUUCGCGAAAUUCGUAAGGACAAAUCAAACAAAAAAAAGGGCUCCCAUGGUCUCGGUCAUGGGCGUGUGCCUUUCAAGUUGAGGUGCUCAAUUCUGUAGGUAGACCCGAAUAUGUGGGACAGGACAAUUCUAUUGUUACUAGUGAUCUCUUCUCUCCUGGGAUCGAGUGAAAAUGUUGCAUAGGUCACUCACUUUUUUUGAUUUCAUGGAAAUCCAUACUUUGAUUUGAACCUAUUCCGUAGUACAAAUAUAUUCAAAAAUUGGUUUAUUGCAUUCUUCAUAUUCUUAGUAUUUAGAUUUAAUAUCCAAUUGAUAUCUAAUUAAAAAAAGUAUAUAACUAACAAUAAUGUACCAAAAUACUGAUUGUUUAUUACUGUGAAUCUAUAACUGAUUUUUUUGUUAAUUGAAAAGUGUAUUAUUAGGGAAUAGUUUCAAAAAAUUGUAUCGAACAAGCCUUAAACUGUUACAGGUCACAAAGUAGUUUAAGUAUGGCGAUACGUUAAAAAACUGAACUGAUUUGUCUGGCUAUAUUUUAUUAAAUAUGUGUUACUUAUUUUGUUAAAAAAAGAACAGUUUCAACAAAUAUAAGUUUUUAUCUGUAUAUUGAUUGAUAGUACAGCACAAAAAAGAAAAUAAUGGAAAGUUUCCUUUUUAAACAGUGAAUUUUCUGACUUAAGUUGGUGACUUUUUGAUCUGUAAUUUUGUUAUGAGUUAAGAGGUAAAAUACAAGUACGUGAAAUGUGUGA